ACAGCUCUUCCACUCAUUUCUGCCUAGCUAGCUAACCACCUUGCUAGCUAAGCUUGUAAUAGUUGUAAUAAUGGAUAGAGAAAAUAAUGACAACUAAUUUUCUGCUGGCAUCGCAGCUAUAAUUUAUAGAGAGGAUGUAGAAUGUUCAUAUGUUUUAAAGUAUUUUAAGUAUUAUUGUUACGGUUUUGUUGGGUCCAUUUCGUUAACUGGAAAGUGGAAAAGACAAAGAGAAAGGGCUUUCCAAUAGCUAGCUAGAAUGGUUUGGGCCUAAAAAGAAGACAAGAGCAACAUGAACCGUGAAGACCGGAAUGUGCUUCGUAUGAAAGAAAGAGAAAGGCGAAAUCAAGAAAUCCAGCAGGGAGGAGAGGCCUUUCCAGCUAACUCCCCUCUCUUUCCUGAACCUUAUAAAGUUUCCAGCAAAGAAGAUAAACUGUCCAGUCGUAUCCAGAGUAUGCUGGGAAACUACGACGAGAUGAAGGAACCUAUCGGAGACACAAUUCCAAAACUCAGUGGCAAACCAUCAGGCUCCUCCUCCUCUGAGGAAAAGUCUGGCCAGUCCCUUUUCGGGGAGCAGCGUGGAGGUGGCAGUAGCCAGAGCAGUAAAUGGACUCCAGUGGGCCCGGCGGCAAGCACCUCUUCCUCCCAGUCCUCCAAGAGAUCCAGCCUCCAGGGCAGCCACAACAGUAGCAGGAGUAGCGGUAGCAGCAGCAGUAGCCAAAGACAUGAGCGCGACUACAAGAAGUCUAACAAGCAUGGCUCAGAACACUCCAAGUCGCACACGUCCAGUCCAGCCAAGGUGUCCCUGAGCUCUGGUCACUCCCGGUCGCUGGGCGCUGAGCAGCACGGCAAGGAGCGCUACCGCUCCAAGUCCCCGCGUGAUCGCGAGGCCAACUGGGACUCACCAUCACGGGUGCACACGUCCUUUCCCAGCGGCCCGCACUCCAGCCAAGCCUUUCCCCCUUCCCUCAUGUCCAAGCCCGGCUCCAUGCAGCAGAAACCUACAGCCUACGUGCGCCCCAUGGACGGGCAGGAGACGGUGGAGCCCAAGACCUCUUCAGAGAUGUACAGUGGCCAGUCCCAGAGCAGCACCAUGGGCGAGAUGAAGGCCAACGGCAAGGCCUCGCUCUCCAAGCUGAAGAUCCCCUCGCAGCCUGUUGAGAGUUCCAUGACUGGGGACGCAAAUUGUGUUGAUGAGAUUUUAAAGGAAAUGACUCAGUCCUGGCCCCCUCCAUUAACAGCCAUCCAUACCCCCUGCAAGACUGAGCCUUCGAAGUUUCCAUUUCCCUCCAAGGACACACAGCAUGCAGGUUUUCCUGGAGCAAACAAGAAGUCCACGAAGACGUCGAGCAGUCACCAGUCCAAGGCAGCGCCGUCGGACGGGGAUCAGGCCAAUACUGUUCUGCUGGAGGAUGACCUGAAGCUCAGCAGUGAUGAGGACAGUGACGGUGAACAGGACUCGGCCAAAAACGCCUCCAGAAACGCAUCAGCAAGCAACAACAGUAACAACAGCGAGGGGGCGGAGCACUCACGGGACGACUCCAGCAGUCACAGUGGCUCGGAGAGCAGCUCGGGGUCGGACAGCGAGAGCGAGAGCAGCUCCACGGACAGCGAGGCCAACGAGCCCCCUCGUCCUGCAUCGCCAGAGCCGGAACCAGCCACAGCCAAUAAGUGGCAGUUGGACAAUUGGUUCAAGAAAGCCAAGCAGUUCUCCCCGGCCUCCCCAGUGGACAAUAAUGUACCCACCAAGUACAAGAAGGAUGGCCGGGACCAGAGCUCGGGCCGGGGCUACGGCGGGCAGGGGGGUUCCAAGGAUUCUGGGGCGCCCACGCCUAGCAGGGACCUGAGGGCUGCGCAGAAGGGCUCCGAGAGUGGCCGCGGCCGGCAAAAAUCACCAGCUCAGAGCGAGGGAGCAGCCGGCCAGCGCAGGACUGUGGGUAAAAAACAGCCCAAAAAGUCUGAGAAGCUCCCGGUGGUGGAGGAGCCCAAGGGGGGGCUGCGGGUGGAGAGUGAACCGGCCCCAGAAAUCCCCCCCCAUCGGCCCAAGGCUGCCACCAAGGGCUCCCGCAAACCCAACAUCAAGAAGGAGCCCAAGUCCUCGCCCAGACCUGCGGUAGACAAGCGCAAGAGCAAGGCGCCCACCAAGACGUCCCAGAAGUCCCGGGAGUUUGUGGACACGGAUUCCUCCUCCUCGGAAUCAGAGGAGAACGACAGCAUUCCGUCGUCAUCCCAGACCCCCAAGUACACAGAGAGCAUCCGGACUCCUGUGUGCGUUUUCUCUCCUAUGGAAGAGAAGGAGCUGCUCUCGCCCCUCAGCGACCCAGAAGAACGCUUCCCUGUCAGGCAGCAGCAGGAGCUCAUGGUGAAGAUUGACCUGAGCCUGCUGACCCGUGUCCCCGGACGCCCCUUCAAAGACCUGCUGGAGCCCAAAGUGGAGAGGGACUGCUCCCUGGACAGAGACGGUAACUUCCAGAAGCAGCCCUCGGAGAAAAGCUCCAGUAAGAGCAAAAGGAAACACAAGAAUGAUGAUGAGAGCGCCAAACCAGAUAGCAAGAAGUCCAGACUUGAAGAAAAAUCCUCAUCUCACCACAAGACCAGCAGCAAAGAGUCUAAGAGGGCCGUGGAGGUCAGGGUGAAGGAGGAGCCAGUGCCAUCUCCCUCCAUAUCGGGGUCGGGAGGGCUGCAGAGGACGCCUAAGGCGGAGCACGUCAGCCGCAAGCGAACGGCCAGCCAGUCGUCCACCUCCCUGUCCAGCGGAGCCAGCAGUGGGAGGGAGGGGAGCCACGGCAACAAGAGCAGAUCCGAAUCCAAGUACCGGAAAGGCGAGGACAAGCAGAGCAGGAGCACCCGGGAGGGCAAGGAGAAAACCUCGAAGGGCUCCGAAAACCAGCUUGCCGCACCACUGCUCUCCUCGGAUGGCUCCAAGUCCACGAGGUCAAAACUGCAGUUUGAGGACCGGGUUCAUUCUGCUGAUCACUACUUACAAGAGGCCAAGAAACUGAAACACAAUGCAGAUGCCCUGAUGGAUCGGUUUGAAAAGGCUGUGUACUACCUGGACGCUGUAGUGUCCUUCAUCGAGUGUGGAAACGCCCUGGAGAAGAGUGCCCAGGAAGCCAAGUCCCCAUUCCCUAUGUAUGCCGAGACCGUGGAGCUCAUCAAGUACACUAUGAAGUUGAAGAGCUACAUGGCCCCAGACGCUACGUCAGCAGACAAACGACUGGCAGUGUUGUGCCUGCGAUGCCAGUCCCUACUCUACCUGCGACUGUUCAAGCUGAGGAAAGAGAGUGCACUGAAAUACUCUAAAACGCUCACGGAGCACCUGAAGAAUUCUUUGAGUAACACCCAAGCUCCCUCUCCUGGAAUGGGAAAUAAAGCGGCGGGCAUGCCGUCUCCGGUCUCCCCAAAGCUGUCCCCAGGUAGCGCUGGCAGCUACUCCUCGGGCACAUCCAGCGCCAGCGGCAGCUCUUCCGUCACCAUCCCCCAGCGCAUCCACCAGAUGGCUGCCAGCUACGUCCAGGUCACCUCCAACUUCCUCUACGCCACCGAGGUGUGGGACCAAGCGGAGCAGCUGGCCAAAGAGCAGAAAGAGUUCUUCACAGAGCUGGACAAGGUGAUGAGCCCUCUGAUCUUCAACACCAGCAGUAUGACUGAACUGGUGCGCUUCACACGGCAGGGCCUACACUGGCUGCGAUUGGACGCUAAGCUCAUCCCCUGAAGGACGCCCCCCACACACACACACACACACGCGCUGUCCACCACAAUGCACUGCUGCCCCCUCCAUGCACACAUGAACUUAUCUGCCUCAGACAUAUCUAUAACACUGUGUCCAUUUUCUACACCAGCUUGCCAAAAACAUUGAGCUACAUGGAGCAAAUUACACCUUUGACUGUCCCCAUAUGGGAGGAGGAUUUCAACUGCACAGAAGUUGUCUGUACAUACUAACUAAACUCACUAUCUGCAUUCUCCUGUCAUGUUUUUGGGUUGUGCAAACAAAAGCAAUUUUUCAAUUUGGCACAAUGCCUUGUGCAGAAUGAUUUGAGAUGAAAUACACUAAACUUUCUUUUUUUUAAUUUAAUAAGCACAUUCACAUUCAGCUUUUAAUGUUAGUUUUUUUUUUAUUUAAAUUUUAAACGCCAGUACCUCCCGUGAACCAAAGGUGCUUUAAAACUAAGGUCUGUCUCUUAUCUUUUUUGUGCCUUGUAUCUGAUCUACAGGAAACUAGAAUAUACCAUACUUGGAAAUGCAGAUCCUGCAAGGUCGGUGAGGAUUUUAAAUGGUGUGUAGGAUCAAUAGUCCUUGCUUCCGAGCGUUUCUUUGGAGUAUUACUUGGUUCUGUUUCUGAUCAGUGGUUUGAGAGCCGUCUGGAUGGUGUAUGAAUUACCAGAGAGCUUUGUUUGCUUGACGGAUUCCCCUACAAUAAAAACACAUUACUCUAACAGCUGCCAUCGAAGGGGAGGUAACGUGUGGCGGACCAUAUUGGUGUUAGAAGAUUUUGUCAGUUUCUUCUGAAGCGCCAUUAAUUUGUAUGUCAGUGAGUUCGAACAAUGAAAUCGAAUUUGAUCUUUGUUUUUUAUUUUAUUUAUUUUUUAUGAAUUGCCCUGACAGAUUCCUAUCUUAACAAGGUGUAAUUAUCCCAUUGAUUUCUUAAAGGCGUCUGCCGUGAAGGGUUGCAGUUGGUGUACUGGUAAGGUACUGGUAAGGUACGGCUGGGUGUAGUUGGUAUUGAAAUUGUUGUCCUUAAAACACAUCAUUAUUUGUAUAGUUUUUAAUAAGAAGUUUUAAAAAAAAAUGCCCGGCAAAAGCAGAGAACUUCUGCAAGGAAGGACAUAAAUGCACUUGCAUUUUAAUUCUACAGUUCUUCUUAUAAGUUAUGUAGCAUACACUUUGGUGAUGCUAACUAGCCAUACCUAGAUUGCAUUGUAAGCACAUGAGUUAUAAUCCAGUCACAAAGUACAUGGCCAAUAUAGAUUUUAUUUAUGUACCAAGCAGUUCUGUUCAAAGUUCUUAACUUUCAGAUUGAUAGGAUUUAAAACAGGGUUGAAAGAUUUAUAUUGUAUAUGAAAAUGUCAUAUUUAAAAUGUUUAAAAAUGGUUCCUGGGUUCUCUGCAUAGCACAAUAGUAAUUUGUGUAUUACAACGCUUCAAAAGUAAUGUCAUCUAUUGUCUAUAUUUAUGGUACAGGUUAAAUAAUAUAAUAUAACAAAUUGAGCUACUGUAGUGAUAAACUGCCCUAAUAUUAAUGUGUUCUUAGGUUAUUUUGUAUUAUCACUAGUUUUGCAGCAAGGCAAAUGUGGACAUGCGUAAUUUGGAACAGAAAAGUGGACUUUAUGCAAGUGGUAUUGUAUGAUGAAGGAUUUUAUUAUUUACCUACAGUGGACACAUGCUGGAAACACUAUUACCUUUUUUCCUCAUUGGCUCCCCGGUCUUUGGUUUGGGGGAAAACUGUUAUUUCUUCUUGCACUCAGAGUAAAAUAAUGUUUUUUUUGUUUUUUUUUUAUCUAUGCAGGAUCUUUAACUCAAAUCUUUGAAAAUACUUCUUGGGGCUUUUAGUUUGAAAUCAGGAAUUUCCAUGCUUGUUACUGUCAGUCAAAACCUGUUUUGUUUGAAGCAAAUGUCCGGAGCUUUUAGCUUGUGCGUCAUGCUUGUCUGCUGGUUUUCCGGUACAGUGUAUAUUUACAAACCGGGCGAUUCGCUGAUCAUAUCGCAUUGGUAGCCAUUUUGUAAUAGCAAUAAGGUACUUCAGGGGUUUGUAGAAUGUUGACAAUAUACCACAGCUAAGGGCUGAAUCCAGGAACUCUGUGUUGCAUCGUGCAUAAGAACAGCCCCUAGCUGUGGUAUAUUGGCCAUUUACCACACCCCCUCAUGCCUUUCUGCUUCAAUACGGCUCUGGUUUUAGAAUCAUACAUUCAUGACUUAAUGAGGACAUUUUAUACCUUAGGCUUGAGGCCACUUUUUCGCAAAGCUAUUUGUUUUACUGCUGAAGCUUGUGUAGUCACUCAAAGUCUGCAUACACUAGUGAGUAGAGGUUCCAGGAUUGUGUUCCAUAUAAUCAGUAUGUACAAAAGAGGACUUGGAUAUUUUUAACAAUCCUCCUAUGACUUUCACACAUAUUUAUUUGUUUUUCUGCCCCUUUAGCGUGUUCGCAGUUUUUCAGUGUUUUGCCUUUUUCCUGAUUUAUAAUUUUCUGGUUUUUGGAAGAUGAUGUUGGAGGGGUUCUUUGAUACCAUAUUUCAAUGUAAUUAUAGUUUUAACUUAAAUAAAUCCAGGGUAAAAUUUCAUUAGGAAACCGUAACACUUGCAUGUUUCUAUUUAAAUACAAAUGUGUACAAAGUGUAUAUAAAACAUUUCUUUUAGGGUGAAUUUCUACUACAGUUUAACAUUUCUAUUGGAAUUAGGUUGUAAAUACAAUGUGAGAGAUUAUAUGCACAUUUUCUGUGAGCUUUUUUUCUUUCAAAAUGUUAGAGAUGACAUUUGUCUCUGAACACUGUAUAUCAAUGUUUAUCAAUAAUUUUGUUACUGUACUGUCUGCAUCAUCAUGGAUGUCUUUAGAUCAAGUGUUAAUAUUGUCUAUUCGGUAUUUGUUAUGGAGAUGUAUUUCCAUGCAAUGUAUAUUGCUGAUCAAAUGGAAUGGAUUUUGGAUUGAGAUAUACAGUUGAGAAACAACAUCUCAAUUAAUACUUAAUAUGAGAAAGCUCUCUCCCUUUUCAAACUGAUCUGAGAUGUCUUUUGAAUCAGAGGUAUUUCUGUAUGUUAAGCAGUUGUAGAAGUUUAUACAGUAUGUUGUACUUUUUUUAACUGUCUCAAUGGAGACGUCAGCAUACGAAGUACAGUAGUCUAAUUUGGGUUAGUUUUAAAAUAUUGAGAACAGAGAUAUAUAUUAUGGAUGCAAUAUUAAGUAAAGGUACUCUUAUGAGUUUGUUAUUCAAACUUGGAAUAACAUGUAAUUUAAAGAUGAUCGUGAAGUGAGUAUUACUUGUUACUAAUGGGAUUUCUGAGUCUGUCCUGAAUAUUCUUUGUAUUUUGCUGUAUUGAGAAUAAAAUAUAUAUGGUUACA